CUAGCCGGUGGCGGCUGCGCUCCUCUGUGCUCUAUUCAGAAAACUGUUCUUAAGAAAGCCUCUCUGGUGUCCAGUAAAUUUAACAACCGCGUGUAUCUCUUACGGUCGGCUUUGUGUCUAUGUGUGGGAUUGUGUGUAACCCUAAGAAAAUAUUGAACUGUUUUUUUUUAUAUUUGUAUUAAUUCGUGCUUAUUUUGCGCUUUCUGUCAGACGCCUCAAUUAAUGUGGUGUCGAUAUAUUGCUCAGAGAUAUGUACAUACAUAGGAGCAUAAAUUGAUCCGCAAACUGUGAAAGUAUCUCCGCGGCAGUGGUUGUGCGUGCCAUAUAUAUGUAUAUAUAUGUAUGUAUGUAUGUGCACACAUAAUAUAUACAUAACUCCUCAGUGCGUGAAUCAUAAAAGAAGUCGGUUGCUAUUGCACAUGCAUACAUAUAUCUAAAAACAUAUUCCCCAACAUUUGUGUGUAUAUACAUAUGUAUGUAUGUCACACCUUCAUACAUAUGUACAUAUGUAGAAGGAGAAGCCGGAUCUACAUCAACAAGUGGCAGUAAUAAUAAAAAUCUUUACGCUCAACUAUUGGGACUUUGUGUGGCAUUUUACAUGAGUUUACGACGCAUGAAGCCUACUUGCCGACAAACUAUCGCGGCUAUAUAAAUCGUGGCUAUGACGACGUAGACAAUUACUUUUUCUAUGCGCCGUUCGAAGAUAUGGCGGCUAAUAGCAAUGGUGCGGCUUUACCGCCCUAUACUGCCAAUGAGAAUACGGAGGAUGAGGAUGAUGUGUUCGAGGAUUGCACAGACGAUGCCGUAACGGACACUGACAACAAUGUCCUGCAAGGUCGCUGUCUGCCUGAGUUUCAGUUCUCGUUGGUGGACUCGGAAUAUGAUGAGACGCUGGCGUUUCCCGAUUCCGUGACCAUACUUUCCAAUGUUGGCGACAAGCCAGUGCUGGUCGAGCGCAAGGAUACCGACGAUGAUGACGAGGACUACGACGACGAAAACAGUGUGGCGUUGCGACACAAGGAGAUACCCUUCGGGAGUAUCUAUGGACCCAGUGUUAAGUUUAAUUCUUUUCAACGCAAAGUCUUCAUACCGGGCCGCGAGAUCCAUGUCCGGAUCGAGCCGAAUCUUGUGGAACGCAGCGUGACGACGCACUUGCUGAACCCGAAUUUGUACACCAUUGAACUGACUCACGGUCCCUUUAAGUGGACCAUCAAGCGUCGCUACAAGCACUUCAGCUCGCUGCACCAACAGCUCAGCUUCUUCCGCACGUCCCUGAACAUUCCCUUCCCCAUGCGCAGCCACAAGGAGAAACGUGCCACCCUGAAAGUGGCCGCCAGUCAGAUGGCCGAUGAGAGCACUUUGAAGGACUUGCCCGCGCACACCAAAGCAAAGCAUACCAGCACCCCAACCAGCAACCAGCACAACAACAAUAGCAAUGCGCCAGCCUCAGCCAUCAGUCCUAGUCAUAGUUCCAUAAUGUCCGGGCUAGCCCCCCGGCGUAGUCAGCAGAGAAAGCGCAAGAAAAAGAAACGGAAAUUGCCGAGAUUUCCAAAUCGACCGGAAAGCUUGGUUACCUUAGAGAACAUGCCUGUGCGUAUCAAGCAGCUGGAGGACUAUCUGUACAAUCUACUCAACAUCAGUCUAUACAGAUAUCAUCACGAGACGCUUAACUUUGUGGAGGUCUCCAAUGUGUCCUUUGUCUCGGGGCUCGGCAUGAAGGGAAAGGAAGGCGCCAUACUUAAGCGGACGGGCUCCACACGGCCCGGGCAGGCGGGCUGCAACUUCUUCGGCUGUUUCCAGCGGAACUGCUGCGUCCGCUGCAACUACUUCUGUUCGGACGUGGUUUGCGGCACUUGGCGCAACCGGUGGUUCUUCGUCAAGGAGACGUGCUUCGGCUAUGUGCGACCUACGGACGGCAGCAUACGAGCGGUCAUCCUGUUCGAUCAGGGCUUCGACGUCUCCACGGGCAUCUACCAGACGGGCAUGCGCAAAGGCCUGCAGGUGCUAACCAACAAUCGCCACAUUAUACUCAAGUGCUGGACGCGGCGUAAGUGCAAGGAGUGGAUGCAGUACCUGAAGCAUACGGCGCAGACAUAUUCCCGGGACUUCACGUGCCCCAACCCCCACUUGUCGUAUGCGCCAGUGCGGGCCAACACGCAGGCGUCCUGGUAUGUUGACGGAGCGCCCUAUAUGGCGGCUGUGGCGGAUGCGCUGGAGGCAGCCACCGAGGAGAUUUACAUUGCCGAUUGGUGGCUGAGUCCCGAAAUAUACAUGAAACGGCCGGCAUUGGACGGCGACUAUUGGCGGCUGGACAAGAUUCUAUUGCGCAAGGCAGAGAUCGGAGUGCGAAUCUUCGUGCUGCUCUACAAAGAAGUCGAGAUGGCGCUGGGCAUCAACAGUUAUUACAGCAAGUCCACCCUGGCCAAGCAUGAGAACAUCAAGGUCAUGCGGCAUCCGGAUCAUGCGCGAGCCGGAAUUUUGCUAUGGGCUCAUCACGAGAAGAUUGUGGUCAUUGAUCAGACAUAUGCCUUUAUAGGCGGCUUGGAUCUGUGCUAUGGACGCUGGGAUGAUCAGCAUCAUCGACUGACCGAUCUGGGAAGCAUUUCGACAGCCUCCGCAUCUGGGAGUACGCGGCGCGGACAGAGCGGCUAUUUCAGCAAGGAUGACGUGGACUCGGCCUUUGGAUCGCGCAAGUCCUCUCGGAAUGCGAACUACGAGAUGGCGUCCAAGGAGCCGCCGCAGAAAGAGGAUUCGCUUAGUGGGGUGGAGUUGCGAACUUUGAAGCCAGGGGACAAGCUACUGAUACCUGAAAUGCUCUCGACCGAAUCGACCCAGGACAGUGAUGCGCUGGAGGGCAUGAAGCUCAACACGCCCGAAAUGGAGCGCAAAAAUAUGCUGGAUCGGCUCAAGGACAAUGCGAUGAAGGGCGCCCGUCUCGGCAAGGACUUUGUGCAACGCCUGACCAUGAACGAGACGAUGCCGGAAGAGAAGCCCGAUGACAUAGUAUACAGCAUAGAUACAACUACAGAGACUAGGGAUAUUCCCGAUGGACCGGCCAGCAGUAGCUUACUCGCGAAAGUGAGCUCCAACACCAACAGCAACAACACCAACAGCAACAACGCCAGCAGCAACGACAGCAGCACCAACAACAGCAACAGCAGCAGCAACAACAACAGCAACAACACCAACACAACCAGCUGCUCUGCACAGCUGUUCAGUGAUUUUUAUGGACAGGCCAAGUACUGGUUCGGCAAGGACUACUCCAACUUCAUACUGAAAGACUGGAUGAACCUCAAUGCGCCGUUUGUGGACAUCAUCGAUCGCACGACCACGCCCCGCAUGCCCUGGCACGACGUGGGCGUUUGUGUGGUGGGAGCGGCGGCGAGGGAUGUGGCCCGCCACUUCAUACAGCGCUGGAACGCCAUCAAGCUGGAGAAACUGCGCGACAACACACGCUUCCCGUACCUCAUGCCCAAGAGCUAUCACCAGAUACGUCUGCAUACACAGCUCCAGCAGCGCCGCCAGCAGCGCGUCACGUGCCAGCUGCUGCGCAGCGUCUCCUCCUGGAGCUGCGGCUUCAUCGAGCAGGAUCUGGUGGAGCAGAGCAUCCAUGAUGCCUACAUCGAGACCAUAACAAAGGCCCAGCAUUACAUCUACAUUGAGAACCAGUUCUUCAUCACAUUGCAGUUGGGCGUGUCCGGUACGCUGGGCGGAAACGUGCGAAACCAAAUCGGCGAGACGCUCUUCAAGCGCAUAGUCCGGGCCCACAAGGAGCGAAAGAACUUCCGCGUCUAUGUGAUCAUGCCAUUACUGCCCGGCUUCGAGGGCGAUGUGGGCGGCAGCACAGGGAAUGCGGUACGCGCGAUCACACAUUGGAAUUAUGCGUCCAUUUCGAGAGGGCGAACGUCCAUUCUGACGCGUCUACAGGAGGCGGGAAUUACGCAGCCGCAGAAAUACAUUUCAUUCCACAGUCUACGCAAUCAUUCCUAUUUGAACAACACGCCGAUUACGGAGCUCAUCUAUGUGCAUUCCAAGCUGCUCAUUGCCGACGAUCGAGUGGUUAUAUGCGGCUCAGCCAAUAUAAACGAUCGGUCGAUGAUCGGGAAGCGCGACUCGGAAAUAGCGGCCAUAUUUAUAGAUGAGGAGUACGAGAAUGGACGCAUGAAUGGCAAGGAUUAUCCAAGUGGCAUAUUUGCAGGACGCUUGCGCAAAUUUCUGUUCAGGGAGCACCUGGGGUUGCUCGAGUCGGAUGGAUCGGCGCGAACUGAUUUGGAUAUAACCGAUCCCGUGUGCGAUCAAUUUUGGCAUGACACCUGGCGUCGGAUUUCCACGCGCAACACAGAAAUCUACGACGAGGUGUUCAAAUGUAUACCCACAGAUUUCGUAAAAACGUUUGCUAGCCUGCGCAAGUACCAGGAGGAGCCACCGCUAGCGAAAUCGGAUCCUGAGUUGGCAGCCAAGCGGGUGAUCGAAAUUCAGGGCUACCUCGUCAACUUACCCCUGGAGUUUCUAAACAAGGAGACGCUCACGCCACCCGGGACCAGUAAAGAAGGCCUCAUACCUACCUCUGUGUGGACAUAGUCUGCUAUUUUCAAAACUAAUAGGUUUAAUAGAGCUCCCACCAAAAGCGCUCUGUGUUCAAAUUCUCGACUCUGAGUCAAGGAGAACGGUACAGGAACAUGCGCCCCCGACUAGUUUCCAAGUCAUGAAUUGUACAUAGAAACAUACACGUACAUACAUAAGUAUAUAAGCUGAAAAUGUGUUGCCUUACUUUUAGUUAAUUUAUUUUUAUGGUAUGUCAAUGUCCCUAUUAGCAUUAGAAUCAUUGUUGUUUCCUGUAAUGUUUAAAUCAGUAUUUUAGACGAAUUGAAGAGCAAUUUUUUACAAGCAAAUAAACUGAUCGAAAGUUCGAGAAAAGACAUUCUGA